AUGGGCAUCUACAGCUCGCUUCUCUUCACCUCCACCUUUGUGUUUAUUCUGCUCGUGUGCUCUGUGGAUCCCCGCUGCCUCCACACCUGGGUGUUUGGUGCCCAGAUGUUGUGGCAAACCUUCUGGCACCUGCUUAUACAGUACAGGGAAUACUACCUGCAUGAGCCUGUCAGCAUCAGAUUGUUUGUGGCAGUGUCCUCGUUGAUGCUGCUCACCCAGAGAAUCACCUCGGUGUCCAUGGACCUCCAGGAGAAGCGAGUUCUGCUAACAUUUAAUGCUUCAUCCAAGAGGAAGGCAUGCGUGAUGCUUCUCCCUCUUAUCAGCUACAUCCUAAAUUUCACCACACUGCUUGGGGGGCCUUUGUACUCCUACAGCCGAUUUGUGUCCUUAAUGUCGGGGAUCAGCCUCAACACUCCCCCUAAUCCACUGAGAGUAGUCCUCCUAAAGUUGUUGCAGGUGUUAUUGCUGCAGUGGGUAAGGUAUUAUCUUGUCCAUUUUCUGAAACAUAACACAUAUGAUCCCGCCACCUCUAUCCUGCUCUACGGUGUCCUGUGGGUUUGGGGUCUGGCGGUGGUUUUAAGGAUCCAAUAUUAUUCUCACUGGAGGAUCAGCGAAUGCCUCAAUAACGCAGCUGGGUUUGGCUUUUGGGAAAAUUCACCAGGAGACUCACCAGAAUGGAGCAGAUUAUCCGAUGGAGAUUUCUGGACCAUCGAAGCGUCGAGCCGUAUGUCUGAGUUCGCCCGUCGAUGGAACGCCACAACAGCCUCAUGGCUGCGUAGGCUCAUUUAUAUAAGGUGCAAACGCUUCCCGUUGUUCAUGACCUUUAGUUUCUCACUGUGGUGGCAUGGCUGUCAUUUAGGUCACUUUUGGGGAAUUUGGACCUGGGCAGCGACAGUGGAGGCAGAUUAUCAUAUACACGGCUACUUACAUCCAAAACUUUCAUCAACAUGGAGGAACAUAUACACUUGUUUGAGCUGGAUAAACACUCAAAUGAUUGUUGCUUGUAUUGUUGUAGCAGUAGAAUUAAGAAAUACAUCUGGUUUGAGACUUGUAUCUAUAACAUACAUAGGUCUGUUUCCACUUCUUAAUAUAAUGCUGCUCUUUAUCUCAUUAAAACUCAACACAGUUUAG